AUGGUGGCCAGCUCUGUGCCCCAGGGUGGCACACAAGAGGUGACAUCGCAUGUGCAGGGGCUGAUGCAGCAGAUGCAAGCCCGCUUCGACGAAAUGUCGAAGUGCAUCAUCAGUCGCAUCGAUGAGAUGAGCCUCCGCAUCGAUGAUCUCGAGCACUCGAUUGAUGAUCUGAUGCAACAAUCUGGCGCAGAGCAAAGUCAGAAGCCCGCGGCGCGGCCGAAAAAGUGA